AUGAGGUCAAGCAUGGACGAAAUUAUGCGCCGAAUGGCCACGCUGUCUGUCAACUUACUCCAAUUCAUCGGAAAGAGCAGCUCAUACCAGUGGCAUUUCAAGUGGGCUCCAACAUACUCAGCCUUGAUGCUUACUUUUCUAGCUAUGCUGGCCUUCCAGAUUUCCGAAAAAUCACCUGAUCUCAUCAACAGGGCGAUUUUGGUAGUUCAGGUCGCGCCAAUUACUCGAAUGCUUCAAAGUUAUCCUCAUACGCAGAGACUUGCAAGCCAUCUUGAGCAGAUCACCCAGUCAUUUGAGUUUGGGGUCACGGGGGAUAUGGCAGAUGAAUCUAAUGAUAGAGUUAUUAGCCAGGAUCAGAGCCAGACUUUAUUGCAGUCCGAGGGCCCCGCAGAGAUGUUUACAUUUGAUUAUGAAAAUCUGGAUCUUUUCCUGGCGCCUGGUUAUAUGGAUAAUUUCUCUAUCGACUAA